UGCCAUCCUCACUGGGCUUUUCUAGCCGCCUUGUCUUGUUGGCCCCCGUCUCUCUGGCCUGGGGACUCUCUCUAUGGUUGGGGCUUCCGGAAGGGGGCGGCCCUCGGUAUGAGGCCGAGCGCUCUGAGUCACGCAGGAUGCGGGCUCCCGGUGCGGCUUCAACCUCUGUGAUCUCGCUGGUGCUGCUAUGGCUGCUGGGACUUCCUUGGAUCUGGAGCGCAGCGGCGGCGCUCGGCGUGUACGUGGGCGGCGGCGGCUGGCGUUUCCUGCGCAUUGUUUGCAAGACAGCGAGGCGGGACCUCUUUGGCCUCUGUGUGCUGAUCCGCGUGCGCCUGGAGCUGCGGCGACACCAGCGUGCCCGCCACACCGUCCCACAGAUCUUCCAGGUGGUGGCCCAGCGGCAGCCUGAGCGCCUGGCACUGGUGGACGCGGGCAGUGGCGCCUGCUGGACCUUUGCGCAGCUGGAUGCCUACUCCAACGCUGUGGCCAACCUCUUCUGCCAGCUGGGCUUCGUGCCGGGCGAUGUGGUGGCCAUCUUCCUGGAGGGCCGACCAGAGUUCGUAGGGCUGUGGCUGGGCUUGGCCAAGGCCGGUGUCGAGGCCGCACUACUCAACAUUAACCUGCGGUGCGAAUCCCUGGCCUUCUGCCUGGGUACCUCUGGGGCCAAGGCCCUCAUCUUUGGAGGGGAGCUGGCAUCAGCGGUGGCAGAGGUGAGUGGACAGCUGAGGAAGAGCCUGGUCAAGUUCUGCACUGGAGACCCAGGGCCUGAGGGCACCUUGCCAGACACCCAGCUCCUGGACCCUCAGCUGCAGGAGGCCUCCACGGCUCCCCUUGCACAGCCCCCUGACAAGGGCAUGGAUGACCGACUCUUCUACAUCUACACAUCAGGGACCACCGGGCUACCCAAAGCUGCCAUCAUUGUGCACAGCAGGGUGUGGGUCCUAGCACUGCACUCCCUGGCCUGCAGGUACUACCGCAUCGCGGCCUUCGGCCACCAUGCCUACGGCAUGCACACGGCAGAUGUGCUCUACGACUGCCUGCCCCUCUACCACUCGGCAGGGAACAUCAUGGGCGUGGGGCAGUGUCUCAUCUACGGGCAGACCGUGGUCCUCCGCAGGAAGUUCUCAGCCAGCCGCUUCUGGGAUGACUGCAUCAAGUACAACUGCACGGUGAUCCAGUACAUCGGGGAGAUCUGCCGUUACCUGCUGAAGCAGCCCGUGCACGAGGUGGAAGGGCGGCACCGUGUGCGUCUGGCCGUUGGCAACGGGCUGCGGCCAGCCAUCUGGGAAGAGUUCACGGAGCGCUUCGGCGUCCGCCAGAUCGGCGAGUUCUACGGGGCCACAGAAUGCAACUGCAGCGUCGCCAACAUGGAUGGGAAGGUCGGCUCCUGUGGCUUCAACAGCCGCAUCCUGCCAGGCGUGUAUCCUAUCCGGCUUGUGAAGGUCAAUGAGGACACAAUGGAACUACUGCGGGAUGUCCAGGGCCUCUGCAUCCCAUGCCAGGCUGGGGAGCCUGGCCUCCUUGUGGGCCAGAUCAACCAGCAAGACCCGCUGCGUCGCUUUGAUGGCUACAUCAGCGAGAGUGCCACCAGCAAGAAGAUUGCCCACAGCGUCUUCCGCAAGGGCGACAGCGCCUACCUCUCAGGUGAUGUGCUGGUGAUGGAUGAGCUGGGCUACAUGUACUUCCGGGACCGCAGUGGGGACACCUUCCGCUGGCGGGGGGAGAAUGUCUCCACCACUGAGGUGGAGGGUGUGCUGAGCCGCUUACUGUGCCAGACAGACGUGGCCGUGUAUGGGGUGGCCGUGCCAGGAGUGGAGGGCAGAGCAGGCAUGGCGGCCAUUGCAGACCCCCGUGGCCAGCUGAGCCCCAAGGCGCUGUACCAGGAGCUGCAGAAAGUACUGGCGCCCUAUGCUCGGCCCAUCUUCCUACGCCUUCUUCCCCAAGUGGACACCACAGGCACCUUCAAGAUCCAGAAGACUCGCCUUCAGCACGAGGGCUUUGACCCCCGCCAGAUCUCGGACCGGCUCUUCUUCCUGGACCUGAAGCAGGGCCACUACCUGCCCCUGGACCAGGGUGUCUACAACCACAUCUGCUCGGGGGCCUUCGCUCUCUGACACUCCUCCGCCAGCCAGAGACCCCCCAGCCAGGCCCUGUGAGUGAGGUGGGCUUGAGCCAACAGCGCUGCCUGAGGGCUGGCCAGCUGCAGCAGGUGGGGCCGUCCUGGGGCUGAGAAACAACCCCACGAGCAGCCUGUGUCUCUCCACUGCCUUCACACCCCUCCCUCCUCCUCUGCGUCCUCCUGUUGCCCUGCCUGUCUUCUGGCCCCUAUGUCUAGGUGUGUGUCACUCUCUUCUCCCUGCUUCUCAGCCUCUCUCCUAUCCCAAGCUGCUCUCACCACUUCCUCAUGCAUCUCUCCUGCCCCCACCUAACAAGAGCAAAGCAGACAUUUCCUGGGAGCUGCGGCCUGUGCGGGGCAGCUGCUCCUGGGGCCUCUGCGAGUUAUCCCUGCUGCAUCAUGGACCCAGAGAGGGCCCUCCCUGCCUCCCUCUCAGCUGUGCCUUAAGGAGCCCCAGUCCAGAACUCCCCGGGCUGCUGAGCUCCAGGCAGGCCCUCUGCCUGCCCUGCUGAAUGGAGGAGCCUACCAGUCCACAACAGUGCAGGGAGCAUGAGCAAGGGACCUCCGGGUCAGCUGGAGGUCUCUUCCAGGCUGGGCUGGUUGCCUUUUGCACUUUCCAUCCCUGGUGGGGUUCACCUGCCCUUCCUGAUGCCCCAGAAGCUUCAGAAUUGACUAUGAUGUCUCAAAUGUCACCCCUGCCCGGAUGUCGGCAUUCAGACAUCUCCACAGGACUCCUGCUGAAGGGGCCCUGAAGGCUGCAUCAGGUGGCUGCUCAGCCCACCACUCAGAUGCUCGCCCUGGCAAAAGCCUUUUGGGUGUCCCUGUCUGGCAUGGCUGUUGGCAAGAACCAUGGGAGUGGCAGCAGUGGAGUCGGGGAAGGUCUGCUUAGGGGUGGCCUCUGAGAUGGCCUCGGGUUCCAGCCUGUUGAAUAUCCCCACUGGCCUUGCUAGUGACAGCUUGGACAACUGAGCCGGGGCAGCUCAGACACCCCCACUGGCCUCAUCGGUGGUAGCCCCUCCUGGACUCCCACUGUUGGGGCCGGCACCCAGGCUGCCUGCCCAGCCCUCCUUCCAGCAGUCACACUGGCCCCUCAAAUAGUGGAGCCAGGAGCGAGCAACCCCACACUGUUCUGCACAGGCCUUUCCAACCACUGAGGUUUUGUUUCCUAGUUGAGUUUAAAAAUAAACCUGCAGAGUGUCCAGUG